AUGAAUGGAAGAAAAUAAUAGGAAGACAGCUACGAAUGAAUGAAUAUGCUGAGGAAGAGGAAAUUUUAAUUCACAACUUUGACUGCGACAAUCCUGUUUCGUUAUAUAAAUUAUUCGUCACGGAUCACAUACUUGAAAUAAUCGCAGAAGAAACAAAUAAAUACGCUACACAAAGCAUAAAUAAUUCUGCAUGUAACAGCACAAGUCACCAACGGGCCUGGGAGCCUAUUACAAAAGAUAAAAUAAAUACUUUUUUUGGCAUCUUGCUAAUUAUGGGUAUAGUAAAGGUACCAGACAUUAGAUUAUACUGGUCACAAAAUGACAUAUAUGCAAACGCUCGUAUUAAAAAUGCGAUGAAACGUGACCGAUUUAUAUUUAUUCUCAAAUAUUUACACUUCUCCGACAAUACCACGGCUAGAACAGAAGAUCGAUUAUAUAAAAUAAGAAAUGUAUUUGAAGCAAUUGUGCACACAUUUAAAAGCACUAUUAAACCUGGAAAAAACAUUGUUAUCGACGAAAGUAUGAUUCCGUGGAGAGGACGUCUUAUUUUUCGCCAAUAUAUUCCAGGCAAGCGUCAUAAGUAUGGCAUAAAAGCAUACAAACUGUGCCUUCCUGAAGGUUAUACCUAUAAUAUGGAGAUUUAUGCAGGGAAAAAUGCAGAACCAAUCGCCAAGACACAUUCUCAUGACGUAGUCAUAAAAUUGAUCAGAGAUUUAUUAUUCGAGGGCCGCAUACUAUUUACAGAUAGUUUUUAUACUAGUAUCCCUUUGGCCGAGGAAUUAUUGCAAAAAAAAACAUUUAUUUGUGGAACAAUAAAAAAAAACAAAAAACAUCUACCACCACAAUCAAAGCAAAAGCAAGUUCGGGGUAGCAUUAUAAGUUUUGAAAAUCACAAAGGAGUAAAAUUUAUGAAAUGGACCGACAAAAGGCCCUUGUCUUGGAAGAACACUAAAAUGGUACAGAAAAGUUAUGAUAGAAAUAAUAUGCGGAACAUGCCUGGUAAAUGCAUGGUAUAUCCACAAAAAAUGGGGAACUAAAAAAAUUCCAAUUUUAAAAUUUCGAGAACAAAUUAUCGAUCAUCUUUUGAACAAAAAUCAUCACAGAGAAAUCGAAGAAGCUGAAAUAGAAAAGAGAAAUCCGUCAAGAAAACGUACACAUUUUCUACAAUCAUACAAAGGGGCUGCCAGGAACACAAGAAAACGAUGUAAAGAAUGUUACAAACAAUUAUCAAAAAUACGAAAUAGAUUAUAUGCCGCGAAAAAAAGUAAAAAAGUAACGACAUAUUGUACGCGUUGUAAGGGCCAGCCCACAUUAUGCUUAGAAUGUUUUGAAAAGUUGCAUAGAUAUAAAUAAAAAUAAAUAAAUAAAUUUUUUAAUUUUUAAAUAUAUAAGAUUAUUUUUUAAGAUUAAAUAAAUAAAAAAUACUCAAUUUUAUAUGUAAUGUUGAGAAAAAAUAAAAUCAACUUAUUUUUUUAACGACGAAUUUUCUGAAAACGCGUGACCCACUUGUGGGUCACGCCGCCCCACGGAACAGUCAAGUGUGAUCCACCGGUGGGUCACGUCGCCCCACGGAACAGUCAAGUGUGACCCACCGGUGGGUCACCCCGGCGUGAACGUGUUAAUCGGCAACUGACAGCCCAAUUUAUUCCUUCAGCUGCGUCGAGCCAAAGCCCGCCAGUGCGACUCGUCCGAGCCAAAUGGUUGACAUGCAGAAACACUUCAGCUCAUUGCCAGGACUGAUUUCGAGCAUGCAGAAGUUGCUCAUGAGGAACGAUCAGCUGCGUGGAUCAUUGAAGAUUUUCCUGUCAUGAGCAACUGCAGAGAUUUCCAACAGCAUUGAUCAAAUCGUGCAUGGCAUCCUUGAGAUAUAUGACUCGUGCAACAUACUACCAGUGGACGAGCAGAGAAAACUCAAGAUACAUGUCGACCCAAAGACUGAUAUACCAGUUAUUAUGGUAAGUUCUUUCAUUGUUUCUUCAGCUUGCUGAUUUCACAGGGUUUAGGAAGUUACUUGUUGAGAAGUAACUUACUUCGUGUUACUCCCGCUCAUUUUGAAAAAUAACUCGUCACUGUUACUCAAAAAAUAACAAAUCGUUACAUGACUUCCAUUGUUUUCUUCUUCACCAGGUUUCAAAGUUUCCUCUGUUUUUGAUUUACUUCUACUUCUUCCUAUGUAGAUGCAUCUUACGUACUACAAGAUAACAGUAAAUAAUGAUUAUUUUCUUUAUUCAUACCAUUAUUGGUACUGGCAGUAACAAUAACAUAAUAAUCAACACAAUAAUAUAAAGUAGAAAUUAAAUGACAUGAAAAAUGAUAUAUAAAAUUAAGAAAAUACCUUUGACACUUUAGUCUUUAUCAAGGAACUUGAGUUCGUCAUGACUUCGACAACGUCUUUGUUGGUGGUAAAGGUAGAGGCAUGCGGAUAUAUUUCGAGAAAUGAAAACUCAACAAAGUUCGAAACGGUUGGACGCGACGAAUUGCGAAGCAAGCUCUCGAAAUUUAAUUUUGCUGGAAUAUCGUUGGAAGCGUGCAAUUGUCACACACGAAACGUGAUGCUGAAACCAGUACAACAUAAUACAUCGGAAGACAGUAUUUUUUUAUAAUACUAAUCCAUAAUACUCAUUAUUAUUUCAUAAUAAUAUUAAAUGAUUAGUUAUUAUUAUUAAGCAACACGUAACCAUAAUGAUAAUACUAUGCGUUAUUAUAAUUAUUUUAAAUUAUGUGAUUUUAUAAUUUUUCGGGGAAACGCUAUCAAUAUCUUGGGAAGAUUUAUUUUAGAAGACUAUCUCGGUAACUGGACUUCGGGAUUGUCUUUUUAUGAUGUUCACUUUCAAAUUUCGGGAGAGUAAGGGAAGAGGUAUACGCUUCUUUUUCUUUUCUGAGCACAAUGCAAGCUGAUCGACAGAUAAACGGAAUCGAGCGCAUUCGGCCGCCCAGAGUCCUUCAAGUAAAAGUCUGAACAUCUCUGAUUUUUUCAUCAAAAAUAGUAUCUGCUUUAAAUGCUUUUUUGCACUGCCACGUUGUUUCACUUCUUAUGUUGUUUUUUACGCACACGCGGCAUCUCUUUAUACGUAAUUUCUCAUCGUCACUUUCAUAUAAUGCAUCCGACUUAUACAUGUUACAGGGAUUAUUUAUAAUCUUUACUAAACUCAAAUAUUGGCUAGUAUAACAUUCACUGUGCGAGACUCCUGCUAAACUGAAUGUUACUUUGAGUGUGCUCCUUCUUAUAUGUUUGAUGCUUUUUUGUUCUUGGGCCAUCUCGAACGUUAUAAACAAACGAGAAUCGACGCACGAGUGAAGCAACUAUGUAAUCUAAUUGGAAACUGCACGGCGUCCGCCGAAAAAAACGUUUGACGAGUCAGACUCGUCAAAGUCUACAGUGGCCCAUGAAAUGAAUGAUGAGUCACACUCGUCAUUGUAUGUCAAGGGGUUAAUAUAUAAACUCACAGUACACUUUUAUGUUAGCACAAAUAAAUCUUUAUUCUUCGCCAUUAA